AUGAAGACCUUCUUUGCUGUUCUUCUUGCCCUCACUGCCGUCAUGGCUGCCCCUGCGCCCACAUCCGACGCGGCUGUUGCUGCGGCUGUUAAACAGGUCACGGCCUGCGCUUGUGCUAAUGCCGCCGGUGACACUCGGGUAGACGGUUAUUGUCAAUACAUUGCCGGUGGUAUUGUGAAACUCGAUGGCAAAGACUUUUGCUUUCCCGCCGCAACAUGGUCAGAGUACAUGGAAACCCGCUUCACUGCCGAAUUUUGCCCAGGUUAUUUCAAAGGCUUUCCUACACCUGUAUGCAAGACUACUACUGUCUGCAAGACUAUCGGAGACUACCAGGAUAUUUGUUAA